CAGGCUCCUGUCUGCACGGCCGCGUCGACCAGCAACACCAGUCAACAACACAGCGGUGCUGAUGCUGCAGACUGCAGGAUGGAUUCCAGUGGACGACCGUCCACCACGCAGAUCGUGGUUCUAGCCACCAGCUCCGCCUUCACUGCUAUUUUCUAUUCCAUUUACAGGAGCCGAACUAAAACAGUUGCCAGUUUAAAGGAAGCUAAGAAGGUCUCCCUCGAUCAGGAUUUGAGAAUUAUCCUAUCUGAAACUCCUGGAAGAUGCAUCCCAUAUGCUGUCAUAGAAGGUGUGGUGAGAUCUGUGAAGGAAACUCUGAACAGCCAGUUUAUUGAUAACUGCAAAGGCGUCAUUGAGAGGUUGACGCUGAAGGAAGAGAAGAUGGUGUGGAAUCGCACUACACACUUAUGGAACAGCACAGAGAAAGUCAUCCACCAGCGCACCAACACAGUUCCCUUCGCCCUGGGGUCUCACGACGAGGACGUCACCACCACCGUCAGGGUGAUGCGACCGCUAGACGCCGCAGAGCUGGACCUGGAAACCACCUACGAGAACUUCCACCCCACCGUCCAGUCCCUGACCAGCGUGAUCGGCCACUUCAUCAGCGGGGAGCGGCCCAAGGGCAUCCACGAGACGGAGGAGAUGCUGCGCGUGGGGGACAGCGUGACGGGCGUGGGGGAGCUGGUCCUGGACAACAACCUGAUCAAGCUGCAGCCGCCCAAGCAGGGCUGCGGCUACUUCCUCACGCGGCUGGACUACGAGUCCCUGCUGGGGAAGCAGGAGAGCAGCGUCCGGCUCUGGAGGAUUCUCACCCUGGUGUUCGGGGUGGCCGCCUGCUCCACGCUGCUCUUCAUCCUCUGGAAGCGCUACGUUCACUACAAACAGAGCAAAAAGGAGCGCAGCAUGCUGGAGGAGUUCAAGGAGCAGCAGAGGAGACGCAUGCGUGAACUGAACGUGGAGGAGAGCUCCGUGCCGCCCAGCAGCUGCACCGUCUGCCUGAGCCGGGAACGCUCCUGCGUCUUCCUGGAGUGCGGCCACGUGUGCGCGUGUUCCCAGUGCUACGACGUUCUGCCCGAACCAAAGAAAUGUCCCAUCUGCAGGGCCGUUAUCGACAGAGUGGUGCCUCUUUACAACAGUUGAUCUGUGGAACCGAGGACGGUGGCCGAGACCCGCCGUCGCUGGAAAUAAAAGUAACGCUGCAAACAGAAACAAACGCCGCUACAAAUAAAAUAAACGCUGCAAACAAAAACGAAACGCCGCUGCAAAUAAAAGAAACGCUGCUGCAAAUAAAAUAAAAAAACGACGCAAAUAAAAAAGCCACAACGGAAGUGAAUUACCGGGGACUAUUUUUGCAGAUGCACCGGUGUUUUUGGCCUAACAUUAAAAAUUACACGUAGCGACGUUGAACGGUCCGUGUACUUCGCAGCCAUCCGUUUUUUGUUUUGAAAUUACAAAAUAAAAAUAGAGAUAUAAUCCGUUUCCCAUCUUUUGUUUUGAUAAUAAAAAACGGAAAACGGAGAUUUAUCCGUUAUCCGUUAUCCGAUUUCAUUGACGUGUUUGAAAAUCGAAAUUGGGAAUUAAAACAGCGAGUGGAAAACUCUUUUCUCUAUUUCCUAUUUGUUUCCAAAGGGGGGGGCAGUGUGUUAGAGUUCAGUACAUGUUAUUGAUUAUUGAUUGGACGCUGCAGCUGAAAGGACUGUCACAACAUCACUGCAGUUUCAUGACGGAGUGAAGACAGAUUACAGAUUAAACUCAUGUUUCUCUCCCAGGUUUUAUAUUUGAUUUAUUUUCUGUUUCAACAUUAAAAAAAAUCUAAAACUGUUAAUUUUCAAUCUGAUCAACAAAAGAACCAGAAACAACGUUCUUAAUUUAUUACUGCGCAUGUGCAAUCCCCCCCAUUUGUCCAAUCCUUCUUUUCAGUAUCCUUGGAAACGAAUAGGAAAUAGAGAAAAGAGUUUUUCACUCGCUGUUUUAAUUCCCAAUUACGAUUUUCAGACACAUCAAUGAAAUCGGAUAACGGAUAAUGGAUAACGAUCCAUUUUCCGUUUUCCGUUUUUUAUUAUCAAAACAAAAGAUGGGGAAAGGAUUAUUUUGGAUUAUUUCUCUAUUUUUAUUUUGUCAUUUCAAAACAAAAAACGGAUGGCCGCGAAGUCCACGGACCGUUGAACACUAACCUUUUCACUUAUUUUCUCGUUCCUUGUUCUUCUUAUUCCUCGCUCUUCCUAUUUCUUCCUUUUCACUUACGUCCUCUUCGUCUUCUUCUUCUCCUUUCACAUAAAAACGCCGGUGCAUCAGCAAAAAUAGUCCCCGGUAAUUCACUUCCGUUGUGGCUUUUUUAUUUGCAUCGUUUCUUUAUAUUUGCAGCGUUUCUUUUAUUUGCAUCGGUGUUUGUUUUCAUUUGCAGCGUUUCUUUUAUUUGCAGCAAUGGCGGGUCUCGGCCACCGUAACCAAGGAUCGGUUAGUAUAAAGCUGGAAAUGUAUUUGGAGUGGUUUUCUCAGGGUUGGAAAGGGGAUUUGCUUUUCUAUGUCACACUGAUGAAACGUAGCUAUCUAUGUGCUGCAUCACAACCCAAUCAAAUAAUCCAAUCAAACUUGGAAACUUAACUAGUAUUGAUUGUGAAAUCCUGUCAUAAUUCAGAGGAACGGGCGUAUCCCUCCGCUCAGACUGAUCCAGUAAUCCCUGGCCACGCUUCAACACAAACAUUGAUCUAAAGAGUUAAGAUGGAGGAAGAGUGAUGAACUGUACUACAUCUAUGAUGAUAUAAGCAUUUCACAUUUGGAGUUGUUCAGUGAAAGAAUAAAAUCAGGAUCUACACCAUGAAAGAAAAUAUACUACAAUAUUCCUCAUUUCAGCCAGAGGAACUGAACACGGAAGAGGGUGAUAAGGUCUGUUAAGCAUGAGUAAAUUAUAUUCAUUUGUGAGUGCCUUUGUAUUAAAGACAAUAGCAACAUCAAAACAAAACAUAAAGCUCUGAUUCUCA